AUGCCGGCAAAUGCGCGAGUCACGCUUUACCACGGACCUUAUGAAUCCAGCGGAGUAGUACAACACAGGACCUUCCGCCUUCAGGGUCUCCAGGCUGCUUUGAGAGCGCGCGGGCAUAAGUGCGUCUUGGAAGAAACACGCGAGUGGAAUAUUGUAGAGCUCGUGGUCAGCGGAGAAGUCGUCUUCCGCUGCAACAUAAAGGAGCUGGAGUUUGGUGGAGAUGGAAAACUGGAUCCUCUUUGCAAAGAAGCUGUUGCUGCAGUGGAGAACGCUUACUGAAAAUAACUUUUAAAUUACAGCAUAUUUUAAACAAACGGUCAUUUUAUAAUUUAAGUAAAAAA